AUGGCGAGUCCGGACCACCCCCGCAAACAGCUUAUCAUCAACGCCAUGGUUCUCAUGUCACCUAGUGGCCCAUCUCCGGGACUCUGGCGACAUCCGGCCGAUACAUCCCCGGAGUUUCACGAUGUUCACCACUGGGCUAAUCUCGCCAAGACCUUGGAAGCUGCUAAAUUCCACGGUAUCUUCAUAGCAGACACAAUUGGGGGUUACGAAAUCUACAAAGGUCCUCGUAAUUUUGCCCCCUCAAUUUCUGCCGGUGCCCAGUUUCCAAAUAUCGAGCCAUUGUCAGUCAUUUCAGCAAUGGCUGCGGCUACGGAAAGCAUCAACUUCAGCGUAACAGUUACAACAACGUAUGAACAGCCGUAUCAUUUAGCUCGAAGGCUGUCCACCGUCGACCAUAUGUCGCGCGGAAGAUUGGGUUGGAAUAUAGUCACCGGCUACUUAGACUCGGCUGCACGAAAUCUUGGCUAUACUGAGCAGCCUUCGCACGAUGAGCGUUAUGUUAUUGCUGAGGAGUAUAUGGAUGUCAUGUAUAAGCUGAUGGAGUCUUCUUGGCGUGACGAUGCUGUCGUCUAUGACCGUGAAAAAGGAGUCUUUUCUGACCCGACACGAGUGCGGGAAAUCAACCACGUUGGGAAAUAUUACAGUGUACCGGGACCGCAUAUCUGCAAUCCCAGCCUUCAGAGGACCCCUGUGCUGUUGCAAGCUGGCACUUCCAAGGCAGGAAAGAGCUUUGCCGCAAAACAUGCUGAGGCGGUCUUUGUUUCAGGCCACUCGCCCGAGAUGCUUGCCCAGAACAUUGCAGACAUUCGCUCAAUGGCGCAAAGUGAAUUUGGUCGUGAUCCUCAAAAUGUGAAGUUCCUCGCACUCGUUUGUCCUAUAAUUGGGCGAACGGAGAAAGAAGCUCACGAGAAACAUCGCGAGUUUAUAGGUCUUGGGUCAAAGGAAGGUGCAUUAGCAUUGUUUGGUGGUUGGACUGGAAUUGAUCUUAGCAAAUAUGGAGAUGAUGAGGAAUUACGUUAUGUGGAAAGCAAUGGAAUCAGAUCCAUCGUCGAGGGCUGGUCAAAGGCUUGUCCUGGUGUGGAGAAGUGGACGAAGGUAACAUUGGCAGAACAAAUUGUCGUCGGCGGUCUCUGUGCUACUAUUGUUGGUACCACACAACAGGUUGCUAAUGAGCUAGAACGAUGGGUAAAGGUUGCAGAUUUGGAUGGUUUCAACUUCUCAUAUGCUGUCAAGCCAGGAACGUAUACGGAAAUCGCAGAGUUACUUCUCCCGGAGCUUCGCCUGCGAGGCGUUUUCUGGGACGACUAUACAGUCAAGGGAGGAACAUACCGUGAGAACUUUUACGGUGUCAAAGGAGAAAACGGACUGCCCGCAGAUCACCCUGGAGCUAAAUUUCGAUGGAAGGCCGGAGUGGAUGCGGCUGAUCAUCCGAUUCCGGACAGUUAA